CCAUCCAUCACCCCGUCUGAUGCGGCAUCUUCAGCAUGAGCGACCUUCGCUACGCCACACCGCCUCCCGAGGCCGUCGCCUCAAGCUCUUCGCUCUCUCGCACGGCGUCACCUUCGCACGCUGCGGCCUCGUCCUCGUCUGUCCCACGCGCCGUGCACUACGCGUCGCGCGAGGCGGACGAGCAGGACGGCUCCAGCCGCUCGAGCACCGGUUGGUCGCGCAAGCGAGCGUGGCGCGAUGCUGAUGAGGAGAUCGACGCGCCGGCGGACGCAUCGCAUAGGCAGUGUCUCGACAGGGCACGCAGCUACCUUGAGCAGGCACAGGAGAGGGACGAUGAGCUUCGCCGCGGCUACGCGGAGCAAGUGAUCCGUAAGGAGAGAUCAGCUCGAGAUCGUACCGCAAAGGCAUCGUCAUUCGAAUUUGACUUCGAUUCGGUGAACGCUCCCUUCCAUGAGCGCGAGAGCUGGAAGCUGGCAGAGCGCAUGCGCAUGCCGGCCAAGCUCGACCCCGUCGCAGUCAAGCUGCGCAAAGAAUCCUUGCGCUGGGCGCGAUCCGCGCUGCUUCUGCAAGAGGAUGCAGAGAGCUACUACCGUGCUGCUGCGGCCUUCAAGGCACUCGCUGAGCCCGCAAAGGCACUCUCGGCGCUGGAGCGGGCACGCCGCUUCGACGACGGCGCUUGGGCUUCCGCCAUCGAUCAGCUUGAAGUUCGAUGCUCGUCGCGCUUCGCCGCUGCGCUUCUGCCUGUCGAACUCUUCGUACCGAUCUUCGGAGAGCUCGGCGCCGUGUACUCUGCGCGAGCUCUUCGCGUCUGCCGUUCGUGGCACUCGAUAAUGAGCAGACCAGAGUUCUGGCGCAAAGUCGUCUUCGCGCCCUGCUCCAAAGCGCGUAAAGCAGUUCCGAAGAGGACUCUCAAGCAGAUCGCGUCGCGCUCCGAUCACUCGAUCACAGAACUAGAAUCUCGCUCGCUCGAAACCAAGGAGCUAGACUACUUGUGCUCGGUGCUCGCUCGCAGUGCAUUAAGCAUCCGCAGUAUCGUAGUGGACGCGCCGAACGCGGCGUACGAUUUUCUGCGGCUCGCCGAGCAAUGCCCCAAGCUGUCGAUCCUCGAGGUCCACGAAAUAGCCCAUGGCCGGCGGCGUCGGCCCUUAUUUGAUCCGUCGCAAGGUCCGCUCGUCAAGCGCGGCCUCACUCGCGUCAGUCUGGAGCUCGAUGCCGAAUCCUGUGUCGGUCGCUUCAACGAAGGUCUCCUCCAGCUCAUCGAGCAAGCUGCGUUCGCCCGUCUUAGCUUCUGUGGCGAACUUGUGGAGCAAGGCGAAGGGGACGAUUUCUGCCGUGGUUCGAAGUACGGUCGCCCUUCGCCGAUGCCGGCCCGAAGCUCGCUCCGCAUCUGCGUCAUCUCUACCUCGAAGACUCCAUCGCCAACUGCGACGCGCCGGUCUGUGUCUUGCCGGAGCACACCGCCUGCCUCUCCGCUCCGCUUCUCGAGACGCUCGAGUGCGAUGCAGCGCUCCUUUCCAUCUUCUCGCCGGUCUCGUUCUCCAGACCCAUCAGCCUCACGCUCACGGUGGCAAAAUAUUGUGACCUGGACGUCGUCGCAAGAGGCGAUCAUGCGAUGAACCUCACGGUCAUUGAGGAGCGUGAUGCGGACGUCAUCGCCCGGAAGAUGCUCGACGAUCCGACAUACUGUCGGAACGUGCGCAAGCUCAACGUCAGCCUGUGGGAGAGCAGCCCGCGGUGGUCCGUAUGGGUGCGUCUCAUUGCCGCCCGCCUCUACGGAUCGCAGCCUGGCGCCACGCUCGACGAGUACUUGGCCAUCGGCCGCCACAGUACCCAAGCGCCAUCACCGCGCGA